AUGGGUCGCAAAGAAACACGUUACUUACAGACUUUAAAUUGCGAUUCAACAGCCCAGCAAAACAUGAAAAUGCGCCCAGUGCUAUUGAAGAGGAACAGUCUGGAUUCAGCUGAUUUUAUGAGACAGCCAUACCACCGCAGGACCAAAUCUCAGCAAGUUCGAUUCAAGGACGAUGGUGUGAACACAAAAACAGAGCUGGAUACUAAUCCUGCCCAAGAUGGAGCAUUCACGACUGGAAAAACAGAAAUACUUAGGGAUCACAAUUUUUUGCUACAUCAAUCUCCAUCUUUUCCAAGGGCUCAGAAGGGGCUUCGGAAUAUUGCCAUACAAACAUCUCCUAGCCUCAGGAAGCACUUCCCAGUUUUUAAAAAAAAAAAGCUGACAGUAAGCAAAUCAUUAACAGAAAUGCCAACUGAGCCUGCAAACCCUAUCCAAGUAAACGGCAAUCUUUCUGAACAAGACAUUACAUCUGCAGAUCUCUGUUACUUACGAAUAACUAAUCAUUUGGAAGAUGGAUUUAGGAAUAGUGAGGUGGAUGGUCACUUAAGUCACAGACCAUCAAAAGCACAAAGCAAUGGACCUAUCCACUCAGAUGAUUUCUCAGUAUCGGAGAAGACAACUGUUUCUACACAGGUGCCUGAAUACAUACAUGUGAGUUUUCCACAAGACAGCAACGUUUCCAUGGAUGCAGACACAACCAUGAAUUUAAGUAAUUCACUGCAUUCUUCUACUGUCAUAAAUAGCAAUGAAAAUAAUGAAAACAGCACACUGUCAUCUAAUUCUGAAAAAGCAUACCCUUGCCUAAGCAAUUCUACUAACUGCAGUGAAUGUAAUCCUCAUUCUGACUCUUGUGAAGCAGAUUCUGAGUUACUUGUAGCCAGCAAAGAUGCAAGCAGUAAAGAAACUACUCCAUUAUCACCUCCGUCAAAUCACAGUUCAUCUCCUUGUUUCCUCAGAGACUAUCAACAGGCAGGAGAGCACAAAACAGAUUCCAGCUGUGUGACAUUAACAAAUGAUGACCACACAAUAAUGUCAUUGACCAGCAGUAACGCGUCAAAAUCUAUUCUGUCAUGUAAUGCUGAAAUCGAGAAAAAUUCUACCCAGUCAGAUGUUUCCCAAUGCAACAGCUGUUUAGAAGGAUUUCACAUAAAGUCUUAUCUGCCAAGGAAUGAAAUAAAACCACAAACCAACAAAGAGAUUAGUGAAAUAAAUCAAAUUCAUUUGGCACAUGGCGAACUCUGUGCCCUCCAAGGCAGGCUGCAAUCUGUAGAGGAAUCCUUGCAGUCGAACCAGGAGAAGAUUAAAGUCCUUUUGAAUGUAAUCCAAGACCUGGAAAAAUCCAGAGCCCUCAGUGAAGGGCGCAACUUCUAUCACACCGGUCAAGAUCUCAACAACUGCAGCACCUGUCAGAACACUGCAUGUAUCAUUUACAGUGUAGAAUAUGACUUCAGACAACAAGAAGGAAGAUUUCAUGAGAUUUUGAAAACGCUGGAUCAUGCAGAGCAAGAUCCAGCUUCACCUCAGAAGCUACCAUCUGAUCACCCAGCUCCUGAGAAGAAGGAGUUAAGAAGAAAAACAAAAAAGGUGAAAAGAAAAUGCUUCUGGUGGAUUUGA